AUGGAGAUGGGGAAUUACUCUGCCAUGACCAAAUUCUUUCUGGUGGGGCUUUCCCAAUACCCAGAGCUCCAGCUUUUUUUGUUCCUGCUCUGCCUCAUCAUGUACGUGAUAAGCAUCCUAGGAAACAGCUUCCUCAUCCUCAUCAGCAUCCUGGAUUCUCACCUCCACACUCCCAUGUACUUCUUCCUUCGAAACCUCUCAUUCUGGGACAUCUGUUACACAUCAUCAUCCAUUCCUCCGAUGCUUGUUAUAUUUCUGUCUGAGAGAAAAUCUAUCUCCUUCUUUGGCUGUGCUCUGCAAAUGGUUGUCUCCCUUGGCUUGGGCUCCACUGAGUGUGUCCUCCUGGCUGUGAUGGCCUGUGACCGGUAUAUGGCCAUCUGCAACCCACUGAAGUACCCCAUCAUCAUGAACAAGGCGCUAUAUGUGCAUAUGGCUGCGUGGUCCUGGAUCCUCGGCUGUCUGAACUCCCUGAUGCAAACAGUCCUGACAAUGGUGUUGCCUUUCUGUGGAAAUAAUGUCAUUGAUCAUCUUACCUGUGAGAUCCUGGCUCUUCUUAAACUCAUAUGCUCAGAUAUCUCCAUGAACAUGCUUAUCAUGACAGUGGCAAGUAUUGUUUUAUUGAUAAUUCCUCUGCUAUUAAUUUUUAUCUCCUAUAUUUUCAUUCUCUCUUCCAUCCUGAGAAUUAAUUCUGCUGAGAGGAGAAAGAAAGCCUUUUCCACCUGUUCAGCUCACCUGGCUGUGGUCAUCUUAUUCUAUGGUUCAGCCCCUUUUAUGUGCAUGAAGCCCAAGUCAAAGGACACAAAGACAUAUGAUAAAAUCAUUGGGCUCUCUUAUGGAGUGGUAACCCCAGUGUUGAACCCCAUCAUCUACAGCCUGAGAAAUAAGGAGGUCAAAGAGGAUGUGGAGAAAAUCCUCAGUGGAUACCUGUACUCACGGAAAAUAUGA